ACCUCUGCAGCAGCGUGAUGCUGGGGAAGGCACAGGACUGCAGAUGUGCAAAACCUCUUAGAGGAAGGUGGCGUGCGCCGAGCCUCAGCAGAUGGUACAGCAAAACCACCAGAAAGCAGAAAGAGGUGGGGAAGCCCACUUGCUUGGGGGGGUGCUGAUGCGGACAGGCAGAAGGGCUGCGCGAUGGGACGGCUGUCGUGUGGUGGGUGGACACCUUUCCUAGAAAGGGCUGAGUGGAAAUGGGAAACUUCCCUGUUUCCUGCAGCACCGCGUUCUGAGUGACGAAGCAGGCUCUGCUGUGGAAACCCUGCUCCCGUCCCUUUGCCACAUUCCAAGUGCAAAUGCAGGAGCUGCUUUGCUCCGUGAGCUCUCAGAAUGGAGCGUGUGGACGCGUGCAGCCCUCAGAGCGCGCUGAGGAAGGACCUGAGCAUGAGUGCAUGCAGGGAGCACGGGGAGCAGCACAGCAAUCCGAGAGCACGAGGAGGAGGAGGGUCUGACUGUCAGCACGUCACCGGGCUCUUGCCGAGGUGCAGGAAGUAUAAAAGGCCGUUUCCCGAAGAGGGGCUCAGGCAGGAGCUGGCGCUCACCCAGGCUGCGCUGUGCAGACGAUGCUCUCAGCAGCACCGUGACUUUGGCUGUUAGAAACAAGACCAUGGACGGCGGUAAACAGCUGAAGGUCACCCUUGCUUUCAGCCUUCCUCUAAUUUUUCAGUUCUGUGCUGGGAACAACGUCACUGACGACUACGACGCCAACACCACCAUUGACUACAACAUGUUUGAGAUCCUGUGUGAGAAGAAGGAAGUCCGUGAUUUCCGUGCCGCCUUCCUCCCAGCCAUGUACUCUCUCAUCUGCUUCACGGGGCUGCUGGGAAACGGGCUGGUGAUGCUCACCUACAUCUACUUCAAGCGGCUAAAGACCAUGACAGACAUCUACUUGCUGAACCUGGCCCUGGCAGACAUCCUGUUCCUGCUGACCCUCCCAUUUUGGGCCACGAGUGCGGCCACGUUCUGGUGUUUUGGAGAAUUUGCCUGCAAAGCAGUCUACUGCAUCUGCAAAAUGAGCUUCUUCAGCGGGAUGCUGCUCCUGCUGUCCAUCAGCAUCGACAGGUACUUCGCCAUUGUUCAGGCUGCCUCCGCCCACCGCUUCCGCCCCCGGAUGAUAUUCAUUAGCAAAGUCACGUGCAUCCUCAUUUGGCUCCUGGCCUUCGUUCUCUCAAUCCCCGAGCUGGUUCACAGCGGUGUAAAUAACUACGACAGCCACCCCCGGUGCUCCAUCAUUGCUAACGACUUGCAGACUUUCAACACUGGCAUCAAAGUGUCCCAGAUGGUUUUUGGCUUCUUGAUUCCCCUGGCGGUCAUGUCUGUCUGCUACCUCAUCAUUAUCAAAACGCUGCUCCAGGCCCGAAACUUCGAGAAGAACAAAGCCAUCAAGGUGAUCAUUGCGGUGGUCAUCGUCUUCGUCGUCUUCCAGCUGCCCUACAACGGCGUCAUGCUGGCCAAGACCAUCUCAGUCUUCAACAACACCAGCUCAUGCGAGCAGAGCAAGAAGCUUGACAUGGCAGACGAUGUGACCUACACUCUAGCCUGCUUCCGAUGCUGCCUCAAUCCCUUCCUCUACGCCUUCAUAGGCGUCAAAUUCCGCAAUGACCUCUUCAAGCUCUUGAAGGAGCUGGGCUGCCUGAGCCAGGAGCGCCUCUGGCAGCUGUCGUCCUGCCGUGAGAGCAAGAGGUUCUCCUUUGCCAUGGAGACAGAGACGACCACCACCUUCUCCCCGUGAGGAGAGCUCCAGGAAGGCUGAAGGCUGGUGUCGUUUUGUACACUUCUACUUUGAAUUACUGAUAAAGACUUGCCAUUACUUUAGGGAGGGCAGCUGCAAAAGGAAGACCAAAGAACCUCUCCAUAUCGCAGCCAACGAGCUUUGCUAUCCAGUGUUUUCACGGAUGGAGAGACUUCAGUAAAAGCUGUGACUCACAGUGAAGUAAGGGAGAGGUUCAGUGAGUUCAGAGUUCAUCAUGCCAUUUCACCCCUAUUUCCUAGCCAAAAUCAAAAAUGCUCGGAAUGGUUCAUUUCAUUAAAAGCAACAAAUAGCAAGAGAAGCAGACACAAGUGCUACAGAAUUACUAGUUUAGAGCUGGAUUUCCAAGAGCACCGCCCUUGCUUUGCAUGUUGCAUUUGACACAACUCCCUACUGCUCUUCCACACACACACAAACGAUGCUCACUGCGCAGAACAGCACCAGCAGCCUCAAGCUCCCGAUGCAAUACAGCACGCAGUGUAAGCUGUGAGGUGUCCCAGCAGGCAACUCUCAGCCAUGCCUUCCUCCAGAAACAGUGAGAAACUUGCAUAACCAAAACUAAAUUCACACAUAUGAUGUGUAUUCAAUAACUGCAUGUUACUGUGGCAUCUCAGGUUUGUCCACUUCACUUCUGCCUGCAGCAAUGACGUCUGGUGCUUCAGCUCCUAGGGAGCUCUGCUUAUUGCCUCCCAGUGUUCACUUGCAUUCUUUGGGAAUGCUGCUUCAGUUUGGCAAUACAGCCUUCUUCAGCUUCUGCAAAGGCAUCUGCCUGCACAAGAGCUAGCUAGCACAGUUUAGAUUCCAAUGUUUGCACAGAGACGAGUUCUUUACAAGUACAAAAUUGCUGAGGCCUCCCCAGUCACCAGUCACACAAACUGGAACCAAGAAACAAAACUUCAGUGACGGGUACUUAAAUACACUUUUAGCACCCGGUCCUUCAGCCUGUCCUCACACCAGCCUUACUCCUGACACGCUGAGGGAGCCUUUAAGCUGUUGUGAAAGCAUCUUUGUUUCUGUGCUUUGGCAGACUGCUGCCACAAUGCUCAGCAUUCGAGCCCAGGACAAGUUUCAAUAUAUUUCUUAGUGCAAGACUUAGGUUAGGAUGUAUCUGUGCCCACGGUCUGACCCCUGCAACAUGUCAGAAUCCAAAGCUUGCUCCUCUCCAGCCUUAUCAGCUGUGUGGACACAGCCUGCUGACUGUCACAUAUGUGUGGGGGCUUUCUGUGCUGCUGCUUGCUGACCUCAAGAGAUAAUAUCACAAGUGUGGGUUUUCUUCUCCUUUAUCAACCAACGUGUCUUUCUAGAAGAACUUUAGCAGCUGUCUUUUCUGUAAGUCAGAUACGUAUUUCACUUAUAAGCUACUGAAAAUGUGCUUAGCAUUCGUGCUGUCACUUCUGAUCAAGAUGCCAUUCACUGCAGUUUGAUUUAACUGCAAAGGACAGUGGGGUGCUGCAGGUUACUGCUGGGUCAGGACUUGAAGGGAACAUGGCAGCUGAACAACAGACGGCUGCCAUGUAAAACAAGGCCUUGAAAAGAAGCCUUGAGCGUGAUGCCAUUUACCAGGAGGAGGAAGAUUCCCACAACAAAAGCACCCUGAGAACUGCUGUUACGGGACAUCUGAGCAUCAGCUGGGAGGAGCUGCUGCAAUCCUCUGUGCAUCUGUUGCCCAUUUCCAGGCUCUGCCCCGCACAGCACGCAGCUCUCCCCAGCUCCCAGCGCCAUGGCUGAAGGCCUUGGCCACAAACUGCGGGCAGGGCGCCCGGCCCACCUUCCACAGCAGCAGGGGAGCAGCUCUGCUCGGCGGCACCUGAGGCAGGUUGCUGUGGACGUGCAGAGCCUGCAGAGCAAACAUCCCAACAGUCACCUCUUCCAGCGCCACUCACAGGAGCAUCCGGAGGAA